CACCCUUCCUCUGUACUUCAGCUAUGGGACUUGGAGAGGCUCUUUUCGCGACACUUUUGCGCCGCUCCGCCUCCUCCCCGUUCACCGCUUUACGGCCAGUGCUUGGCGGCGGGCCCGUGGAGCCGGAAGCGGGCAGCGGCGGUGGUCGUGAAGGAGGCCGGAGCUGCCCCUGCCGAGCGGGGCCCCAUGAGGAGGAGGAAACAGCAGCGGCGACGGCUGUGCUGACUGAGGCGGGGCCCCGGCCAAGAUGAAGCUGAGCACGCAGGCCUACUGCAAGAUGGUGCUCCACGGCGCCAAGUACCCGCACUGCGCCGUCAACGGGCUCUUGGUGGCCGAGAAGCAGCCGCAGCACCACCAGCAGCAGCGAGGCCGGGAGAGGGAGCCGACGGGGCCUCACCUGCCGGCGCACGCGCUCUUCGUGGACUGCAUCCCGCUUUUCCAUGGCAGCCUCGCCCUGGCGCCCAUGCUGGAGGUGGCGCUCACGCUGGUGGGUGGGCCGGGGGGGCUGCCAAGCGGGUGGGGUCGGGGGCAGAAAGCCGGCGUCGACAGUAAAUUGAGCUAGACAGAUGAACCAAUGGGUCUAACGCGGUAUAAAGGCCUCAUAUUGUCAUCAUUCAGAACCACGAGGACUAGUAUCUUGCUUUGAUUUUAGGGAAGGACCCUAACCCCGUGGUCGAGCACCUGCUCUCCAUGGAGAAAGUUCUUGGUUCAGUUUCUCAGGGGCUGGGAAAGACUCCUUCCCGUCUAAAACCUUAGAGAGCCACUGCCAGUCAGUAAGCGCUGAGCUAAAUGUGGCAGUGGCCUGACUCAAUGUAAGGCCGCUUCCCAUAUUCUCAUUUAAACCUUUUAUUCACAACCAUGAGGAUUAGUGUCUUAUAUUACUUUUAGGGGAAGCGUCUUAACUCCAUGGUAGCGCAUCUGCUUUACAUGCAGGAAGUUUCUGGUCCAGUCCCCAGCAGCAUUUCCAGGUAGGGGCUGGGAAAGCAUACACUCCUGCCAGUCUGAAACCCUGGGGAGCCUGCUGGCAAUCAGUGUAGACAGUACUAAGACUCAAUAUAAAGCAGCUUCUUGUGUUUCUUUCCUCCUCAAUAGGAAACUGGUCCUUAACUUGUUUGCUGCUUUUGGGGAAGGCUUCCCUGUGAAUAGAGCUUCUAUGCCUUAUAGUGAACAUCAAAUCCUCACUUCAUCUAGCUCAGUAUUAUCUGUCUGGCAGGAUUUCAGGCAGGGGUCAUUCCUAGCCUUACCUGGAGACUCCAGGGAUUCAGCCUGGGUUUUUCUGUAUGUAAAUCAUGGGGUCUUCCACAGCCCUUCCCCUAAAAGUAAGGUUCCAGUUCUCAUGGGUCUGAAUGAAGGGUUAACAUAGGAAGUUGUCAGUUGGUUUCUCUACCUCAGUUGGUUUCUCUACCUCAGUACUGUUGACAUUGUCUGGCUGGGAACACCAGGAAUUAAGCCUGGGGCCUUGCUUCUACAUGUGAUGCAGUUGAUUUACGGCCUUUAUUAACUGCUGAGGUAAUAUACUUCUAAAUAUAAGAUUGGGGGGAGGGAGCAAACAGCAAAGCAGGGGGUCUGUUGCCUUAAUUCAUGGCAGAUAUGUCCAUUGAAUGCUGUUGACUAUAAGAACUAAAUGGGGCCUCCCUGUCUGUUGGCAAUAUAGUUCAAUAUGCCACAUAACGGGACAGAUGAGGAAGGCAACUGCUACCUCUGUGCUUCUCAAAAAACUUAUGGCUGGCCAAUGUUGGAAACAGGAUGCUGGCCUAUAUAUAACCUCCCUGUGAAGAGGCAGGAUGCCUUAGAAAGACAGCUGCUGGGGGGCUUCUUUUGGGCUUUCCUUAAACAUCCACCCACUAUGAGAAAUUAAGGGUGCGGUACUAGAUGAACCAUUAUAAUAACUUCCCCUAACUGUCCUCCAGAUUUUUGUAUAACUCCCUCGAACUCUAGUUGGUCAGAAUUUGGGGGUUGUGGGAGCUGUAUUUCUAAACAUCUGGAGGACACCAGGCUGGGGAAGGCUGCCUUCUACACAAAUUCACAGAUGAUCAGGCAGCAUACCUUUGGAUAUCACAUGCAUGCAGAGGACAAACAACAGAGGGGGGCUGAUAUGUGGCCUUCCCAGGGGCAUCUGGCCACAUCCCUUCAGCAUGUUACCUGUUAAUAACCCUUCCCAUUAUCUAGCACAGAGGAGAUUAUGCUUCCAAAGUUAGCACCUCUAUACUUUUUUCAUUGGUUUGUAGAAGUUGAACUUUCAGCAGUUACAGGACAGCAGGGGGGUUGAAAAGCUGCACCUGCCCAACGGUCCUUGGCAACACAACUGCUAAAUGUACAAAGGUCCUUGUGUUAAAUAUUUCACAGCAUCACACCACAAUACCUUGAAAGACUUAUUGUCUCAACAUGUGUCUGCCUAUACAGUAUACCAAGAUCUUCAAAGAAGGCUUUUCUUUUUGAGCUCCCACCAUCUAAGGGCAGUGGGUGGCUAUAGGAGAAAGGACCUACACAGUGAUGGGAACCCAACUUUGGAAUGCUAACAUAUCAUCCACCUUGAUGACAUUUUGGCACCAAAUAUCUUUUCAUUUCUCCCAGCUUUUUCAUCUUUAGUCUUUAUCAACUUGGUGGCCUCCAGAUAUUUUUUACUGUAGCUUACAUCAACCCCUGGCAGCAUGGCUGUGCUGACUGUGGCUCAUGAAAAUUGUAGUCAAAACAUCUGAAGGGUGCUAUGUCCGGGAAGGGCACUCUUCAUAUUGUUUUUGCAGUGCUUGCUGUUCAUUUUAGUUUUGCUGGCUGAUUAUUAUUUUUUUACUGCUUUUUAACAUGAUGUUUUAAUGUUCCUGCUCUAAUUUUUUGUUGUGGUUUAAAAAAACUUUUUUGUAAUUCACCCUGGGAAUCUGUUGAUGGGUGCACUAUAAAUCAAGCAUUGAAAAUAAUAAACAUUUUGGCCGCCUGGACAGUGCAUAGCCUGUGAUAUCUCUUCAGAUAAUAACCAGCGUGUUCACAGCCCCUCUGAUAUCAGAGUACUUAAACCGAAAGCAUCUAGAGGAGGCUGGGCAGCAAUGGAAUAAGUUGUGUUGCUGAGUACAAAGGUAAAUGAAGAGCACCAUGGACAUUGAAUUUUAAGGGCAGUGAGUCACUUUGGUAUACAGAGCAUUGUGGCAGCUCUGACUUUUGCCAAAUGGAAAUCUUUGCAAAAUCAGCUUGUAGCUUUAAUGGGAAAUUGAAAUAAUUGCAGAAUUCAUGAAAUGCCGCAAGUCCUCAAACAAUCUAAUUAUGAAGAAAUUGUAUUUCUGCAUUUUAAGCUGAGUUGGGAUUUGUCAAACUUUAAUCAAUUAGCAAAAAAUAUGGCAUGCAAAUAUUGUUUGUGGCAGCUUUGACAAACGUAAUCAAGGAUAGUGUGAGAUGUCUUAGAAAGCCAAGGUGCUUAUCCAUAUUUGCGCAACUUUUUAUUGUGCUGCCUUGUGGUUUUGUAAGUGGCAUUCAGAUUUAACAGCCUAUUUGCUGAUUGAUAGUAGAAACGCCAGAAGAUGAAAUGUGUAUAUCAACUUAGGUCCAGCAGUCCUGGUUAUAUGUCCAGCCAAAAGCCACAAAGUGCAGUGCUGAGACCAUCAUUAGAAAGAUUGAAGUCUAAAGGAUAAGAGCAACCAAGCAGGUGCAUGAAGGAGAUGCAGUAUUGAGAGAAAGUGUAGAAAGCAGAAGUUCCCAGUGAAAUAUUUAUUUUGUCCAAGGAAGAGUCUUUGCUCACAUCCUGUCCUUUUAAGGUUAUUGUCAAAGUACAAGAAUACUUAAGGAGUUGCAGAGUAGUAAUAGAGAACUGAAAAAACCACACAAGGCCUUAUUUUAAGGGAAGGUGAUCCACAUACCAGUCUUCCCACCACCCCAUGCAUAAUGAUAGGCUUACACAGUUAAAGCCACAAUGAACCAAUCAACAAAGGAUGAAUUAACCACAUGAGCCAAGCAGAUAUGCCACCGGAAUAGGCUAAAAUGGAUUCCUCUGCCCAACCAAGGGUCACUAGGCCAAGCUUGUUGAUAGUUGUCCAUUUGUUGGGAGUAAAAAUUGCCUCUAGCUGCCAUGCACAGAACCCAGCGAAAGCUGUCUGUGCAUUUGUGUUAAGGCCACAAAUGACUAAAUGCACUUGUGGCAAAUGAGACAGUUAACUCUUGGGAAUUGCAAGGAGCAAUUUGAGAACUACUUCCCAACCGUGCCUGGCCAUCUGCAAAGCACAUCUACUGAGCUGUCAUGAGGAAACUUUAUUGCCUGUUAGGGCAAUGCUUGUUUUAAGGCAGGUACACGUGCUUGGUGAUGUGUAUACAUUGCCAAUAUAAAAUGGCUUUCCUUACACUUAAGAAAAUGUCAUUACAUUCAAAUAUGGAAAAAUAGCUGUAGGACAAAGAACUGAACUUUGAGGUUCAGUUUGGGAAACAGCCGUCCUUGCAAGAUUAUGAAAUAAAUUACAGCUGGCACAUGGACAGAUCAAGAAAGAUGACUUUACCCUGGUAUGGUCUAAUUUAUGCCAGUAUUCCUGAAAAUGACCCCACCUCCCAUCAGCAUUUGGCUCAAUCUGGUUGACUGAAAUUAAAAUGUAAACAUAAAUUUUUAUUUUCACUUUGAACUGUGCUCCCACACUCAUUAAUAUACAACACUUUAUAUUGUUUCAUUGGAAACAUAAGAGGAAAAAUGACUAUUACUCAUACUUAAUCUAAGCACAACCAAAAGGGCUCCUGAUUAGGCGUUUAGCCUGUUAAGUCUGUUCUAUCCUAUUUCCCCUUUGUUUUUGUUUAAAUCAAUUCACAAACCCAGGAACUUGAAAAAUUGACCACUAAUAAUGAAGCAUAUGUUGUAGAUAUUCCUGCAAAUUUAUUAUGCUAUUUUUGUGAUGUACAAAUGACAUGAGAAGACUUGGUCCAUUUAUUUGUAUAAUUUGUUAUUCAUAUGAUCCUUGUUUAUAAAACCCAAUAAAGUGUUACUUUAAAAAACAACCUGUUGCUAACAAGCCAGAGCAGAGCUGUCUCUCUCUGUUGCUCCCCUAAAAUUGAAUAGAAACUGAGCUUCCUAUAGAAUAACAAAAGGAACAUUUCAGAUCAGCUUCUUAAUGUUUGCUGUGAGCAAGAAUGUUUUAUCUGGGUGUUUAGUUUUUAGUUAAAAGAUCUCAACUUGCUGGCAAUUAAAAUGGCAUCUAAAAACCCUUGAAAUGGGGGUUAUGAUUACUUCAGCAGUUGGCUCUUUAAGUAUAACAAUGCCAGCAAAUGACAAUUUAAUGAAACACAUAAAUCCAUGUCAUUCUUUUAGAAGAGAUUAUUUGUGUAGCUUCGUUCUGCUUUUAGACAGUUUAAUUCAGGGCUGUAAUUAUUCUGCUAACCGUGAGAUUGAUGUGUUUUGCACGAAGCUGGAAUUCAGCAUCCAAAACGUUCUGCAAUCCACUUAAUUCCCCCUCCCCCCAUUUUUUUAAGAUAGUAGUUGACAGCAAAAAGCACAAUUGCUAGCUCGUUUUUCCACCUCCCAAAAUCACUGGAUUAUCUUAAUCAGUUACAUUUACUGUGAGUAGCAAAUAUGGGGAUAUAUUCAAAAGCCACUGAAACUGGGCCAAAAUCUGAUAUGGAUACAUGCAGCACUUUAAAUCCUGCCUCAUAACACCCAAGAUGAAUUUGCCCCUUUAAUUCUCACUGGGUAUUUUAACAAAGCUUUGUAGCAGAUCAGAUGAUACAUUAGGAUAAAAUGAUAAGAGUUUUAUGCAAAUAUCUUCACUAAUUAAAGUGACUGUUGCAGCAGGGGUGGAGGUGCAGAGUAGACACAAUAGAAUCUGCACCUUAUCACCAAUUGAGGAUCAUGUUGCUCUUUCUGCUAAAGCCCACAGCCCUGGUUGCUGGGCAGUUUAAAUGUGGGUCUUUUAGAGUGGGGCUGGUGACCAGUUUUCUUGCCCCUUCUCCUCCCAUGAGAGUACUAGCAAGCCCAGAGUCCACCAGCCCUUCAUUCUGCACAGCGGGUAGGGGACAAAAGAACAAGGAGUUCCCUCCACUCUGACUUGUGCCGUCUGUCCUCUUCCCACCCCCCCAUGAAGUUUCUACACACAUCCUAAGAUCCCUCUCCACUCAUUCUGCCCCUUCACUUCAGUGCUUAAUGAUGUGACCAGAGGAAGGGCAAGAUGGUCUCUCCCCUUCCUUAUGCAUACCUCUGCUGUCAUAUUUUACUUCUCUAUAAAAACCCUUCUCUUGCUUGUCUUUUCCAUGUGUCUGUCAACCAGGUUGGGCUUCAGGAAUCCCAACUUAUCUGUAAAGGAAAGGAAUUGCUAUGGCAGGCAUAUAGCACUUCUUGUUGUUGUUUAGUCGUGUCCGACUCUUCGUGACCCCAUGGACCAGAGCACGCCAGGCACUCCUGUCUUCCACUGCCUCCCGCAGUUUGGUCAGACUCAUGUAUGUAGCUUCAAGAACACUGUCCAACCAUCUCGUCCUCUUUUCCUUGUGCCCUCAAUCUUUCCCAACAGGGUCUUUUCCAGGGAGUCUUCUCUUUUCAUGAGGUGGCCAAAGUACAGGAGCCUCAGCUUCACGAUCUGUCCUUCCAGUUAGCACUCAGGGCUAAUUUCCUUAAGAAUGGAUGCGUUUGAUCUUCUUGCAGUCCAUGGGACUCUCAAGAGUCUCCUCCAGCACCAUAAUUCAAAAGCAUCCAUUCUUUGGCGAUCAGCCUUCUUUAUGGUCCAGCUCUCACUUCCGUACAUCACUACUGGGAAAACCAUGGCUUUAACUAUACGGACCUUUGUUGGCAAAGUGAUGUCUCUGCUUUUUAAGAUGCUGUCUAGGUUUGCCAUCGCCUUUCUCCCAAGGAGCAGGCUUCUUUUAAUUUCGUAACUGCUGUCACCAUCUGCAGUGAUCAUGGAGCCCAAGAAAGUAAAAUCUCUCACUGCCUCCAUUUCUUCCCCUUCUAUUUGCCAGGAGGUGAUGGGCCCAGUGGCCAUGAUCUUCGUUUUUUUGAUGCUGAGCUUCAGACCAUAUUUUGCGCUCUCCUCUUUCACCCUCAUUAAAAGGUUCUUUAAUUCAUCCUCACUUUCUGCCAUGAAGGUUGUGUCAUCUGCAUAUCUGAGGUUGUUGAUUUUUCUUCCGGCGAUCUUAAUUCCGGCUUGGGAUUCAUCCAGCCCAGCCUUUCGCAUGAUGAAUUCUGCAUAUAAGUUAAAUAAGCAGGGAGACAAUAUACAGCCUUGCCGUACUCCUUUCCCAAUUUUGAAUAUAGCACUUACAAAUUUGAAUAUAGCACUUACAGUUAGUAAAAGCAUUUCAUGGUGUUUGCUUUGACCACUUUCAGCAGCCCCUAGUAGAUCACUGUCUGCAUGGCAGGCUGAGACUGUGCGAAUGUCUUAAGAAAAACACACAAUUAAAUCCAGGACCGAAGUGAUAACUUUGAACGCAGAUCUCCUGCAUCCACUGCACUGAUAGUUUGAUAAAACCUUUUAUAUCUUUCUAAGUUCUACUCAAUAGAUCCUUUGAAAUUAGUGGGCAUGACUAAAUUCGGAUAUUUAAUUUCAGUGUUUCUCCUCUGAGUAGGACUUGGAGGCAGCUCAUCGAGGUGGCUUUCCACAGCUUUAUGAGGGGGUUGGGCUGAUAUCCAGGAGUCCCGAAUUUGUCCCACCUCCUCUGCAGAUUGUCCGUGGCCACCCAGUUCACAUUUUGUACAAUGGAAAUAAAAUGUUCCCUGUAUUACAGAGGCCCAACUCGUGUUAACUAGAAGUCAGGCAUUUAGUGUUGCUGAUUCUGUGCUGUGGAACACUCCAGCAAAUAUUCUUCAGGCAUCGUCACUUUUGAGUUUCAAGCGUCUCUUAAAGACUUAUGCCAAUAGGCCUUGGCAGCUGUUUAUUUUAUUUUAUUAGCCAGUGACCUUAACCCCUUCAUUUAAAAAAAAAUAAAAUCAUGUUUUAAUGCCACCAUUGGAUUCUAUGAUUUGGCAUUGUAGAAAUUCUAUCAAUAUAAAUCACAUAAAUAUACAUAAUAGUGGCCAGUUUCACCGGGGUAGGAGAGCAAGUUAUAUGUUGUAUAGAACAUACAUUUAAAGUCUUUUAUGAAAUGAUUAACAGCAAUAAUGUUUCAUUUGAGAAAUAGAUUUUUUACCUAGUACCCUGGCAGCCCAAAAGUUUUCAUUUUGUCCUUGCAACAGCUCUCAAAAGGGAGACACGUUUUCCCAUGCUAAUAGGUAUAAAGUGGCUAUUUCAAUCCACUAAUUCACUAGCUAUCACCCCCUGCCCUCCGGUCUGCGUGACGUUAGCCAGUGCUUUGAGUUUUGAAUGCUUACAGAUUUUUUAUUUAUGUCUUCUUUCAGAUUGAUUCAUGGUGCAAAGAGAAUAGCUAUGUAAUAGCCGGGUACUAUCAAGCUAAUGAACGUCUGAAAGAUGCCAGGUAUGUUGCUGCGACCCAUUCAAAAAUGGACGUGAGCCACAUAAAGGGAGAGGGGCUUGGAGAGAGAGAGAGAGAGAAAGAAAGAACCGAAUCAGAGGCUAACAAAACACCUAGUAGCAAAUUCUUCCUGUAGCGCUGUGCUUGUGGCCUUGCAAAACAAUAAUUCCCAGGGCUCCUUAAGGGGAAGCUGUUACCAUUGGUUUAGUUAAAUGUGUAGGCCAGCUAUCCCUGACCUGAUGCUAUGGGAAUUGUAGUCCAGAAGGCACCAGAUUGGUUGCAGAAGCCUUAUUUUUAUUUCUUAGGCUUUGCUUAAUGCCUGAUGCAAUGAGGCCCAUAUCCCAUGUCUCUGUGUUACAAGAACAGGAGGUUGGCCAGCAUGAGUAAACAGAAUAGAGGACUGGCAAUGCCCAGCCACCAUCAGUUUAUUUCAAAUUUGGUUUAGCUUUAGACCAAGGUUAAGGAAACUGUUGCCCUCCAGAUGUUGUUGGACUCCUAGUCCAGUAAGUCCCAGCCAGUGUGGUGAGUGUUUUUCGGGAUGAAGGGAGAUGUUGUGCAACAAUGUCUGUAGGGCCAGAGGUUCCCGAUUCUUGCUUUAGGCCAUAUAAAACAUUUCCUCUUGAGCACAUCAUCGGACAUCUUAUCAACAUCUCUUCAUUCAAGUGUUCCAAUUUCAUUAUGAUUGAUUUGAAGAAUAGCAGAAUUGUAAGUAAUUUGUGUGCUUUUUGUAGUCCAAACCAGGUUGCUGAAAAGGUUGCCUCCAGGAUUGCAGAAGGCUUCAACGACACAGCCCUCAUAAUGGUAUGUAAUACCCCUCCCCCCACCCCGCUGCCUUUUUUCUUUAUUUAGUGUACACUUCAUGGCCAUAGCUAAUGACAUCAAUUGCUUAGAUUACAUUUUCUGAAAUGUAAGUGCUUCAGUUAUUUGCAAGUCUUGUAAUACAACCCUCCCUCGCUGCCAUGAAGUCACACCAUCACCCUAAAGCAGUGUUCUUCAGAACUGUUUUCCAGAAAAUCCUUCAGUUGCUCAAGUUUCUUCCAUUUAUUUAAAGUAAAACAAGAAGACAAGUAAUGGUGGACAAAGCCCUAUACUGUUUCUGACCUGGGUACUCUGAUCACUGCCUUCUCUCUAAGAGAUUGGGAACCACUACAUAGUGGAUAUGGUCUUUCUCUCUGGCCUUUGGGACUCUUCCAAGACAUGCCCCUCACCAGCCCUGCUCUGCACCCUCCACAAGUGUUUUUGCCUACCUGGAAAAUGUCCUUGAGCUUUGCUUGCCUGGAUGGAGACUAGAGAGAGGUGUCUUGAGAGUGAAGUAAGUAGCCUAUUCUGCAAAGGUAAAAUUCAUAUUAAUUUCCCCACUUUGGCUUCUGGCCCCACCUACUAGUGGCAGGUGGCCCUCAGAAGAUUGCUUGGAAGAGAAUGUGGCCGCUGGACUGAAAAAGGUUCCCCACCCCUGCUCUACAACUAUGUGUCUUUGUAUUGAGAUCACUGUCAGCGAUGCUUUUUGAGGCCCUGGCUAUUUGAGAACUAGCAACCAGCUAUUGUUUUAGUGUGGAUUGCUUUAAUACUGUUUUAUUGGCUGCCAUCCUGAUCAUAUUAAUUGAAUAGUAAACUGAAUUAAUAAUGAUGAUGCUUAUUUCCUUGAAAGUUUGUUUCCCCAUCACUACAAAAUUUAUACCUGCAGUGUACAGCUGCAGGGAAACUGUCGAGUGUGUUCUAGAUUGCAUUCUGUCACCAUGGAGCAAUGGUUAACAGGCUGAAAUUAUGCCUUGCAUUAAACAAGUGUGUGCCCUUAAAACAUGCCCAAGUAUCCUUUGCAACCUGCUAGGUGUCUGUGGCUGACCAUCAUGGAUUCCUCAGCAGACAAAACAAGCUGGAAAGAGUUCCCUGAAGGUGGAAAGUUUGAAAACCACUUCUUUAACAGGAGUACGUUUCUAGUUCAUUCUCCACAUUUCCAACUUAAUUUCAAGGGUCCAUUUCCAGUGCAUAAAUUGUAAGGUUGUUCCAGUGUGUUUGUCUAGGUGAGAAUGCUUUUCUGAAUAGGAAGCUCCCUUCUACAGAUUCAGAGCAUUGGUUAAUCUACCUCACUGUUGUCUACACCGGGGUGGGGAAUCUUUUUCGGCUCAAAGGCUGCAUUCCCUCUUAAGUAACCUUCCAAGAGCCAGAGGCAAAAGUUGGUGGAGCAGCAGCUGUGAAUUUUACCUUUGUACAGUAGGCCUCUUUAUCUUCCAUCCAGACAAGCAAGAAGUAUGAUCUGCAUUCAAGGUAGCAUUCCAGUCAGGCAAAAACACUCAAGGAGGGUGCAGAGCAGGAUUGGUGGAGGGUGUGGUUCCACAGGGUGUGUGGACUUGGAAGAGCCCUGACAACCAGGUAGAGAGGACAGGUGUUCCCCAUACCUGGCCUACACUGGCUGGCAGUAGUUCUUCGGGGAUUCAGGCAGGGGAACAUUUCCCAGUUCUACUUGGAGCUGCCAGGGAUUGAACCUAAGACCUUUUGCAUGCAAAGCAGACAUUCUGCCACUGAGCUUUCUGUUCCCUCUCUCUGUUCUGCAUCAGGUGGAUAAUAGUAAAUUUACAAUGGAGUGCAUAGAACCAACUGUUCAUGUGUACGAACAUCACGAAAACAAAUGGAGAUGCAAAGACCCGCACUUGUGAGUAUUCAUAGAACAGACCUUUGCUCCUAAGCAGCAUUUACAUUUUUAUAUUUAGUAUAUUUUACCUUGAAACAAAUCCUGAGUUUGGAAUGCUUCCAAAAUAAGCAGCUGGCUAUGAGUAUGAAACAGUCAGUGCAAAAAUAUAUAACGUACAAUCAAUACAAGCACACAGCAAAUCCAAACAAUGAAUUAAUUCAGCCUUCUUCAACCUGUGCUGGUUGUCUGGGACUGAUGUGACUUCUAUUCUGAAACAUCUGGAGGAGUCAGUUUGGGCAGCUGAAUAAAGUAGUUUUUUGCUAUUAUCCCCAAACCAACUUGAUAAAUAAAGAACAACAUUUUAAUGACCUAGAUCCAGUGUUAACCUAAUAAAAUUUCAGAUCUGCCUAAUUGAAUAAUAUUUCAAACUGCAAAGCCAACAAACUCAGAACAGCAGCAUAGUGUAUGAAACAUCUUACCAAAGGAAAUUGUUAGGCAUGGAGGUGGGGCAGGGGGAAGAGAGGAAGGAGGGUUCAGAUGUGAAACAACCAGAGUAGUAUCCAUUGGGAACUAAUCACAGUCAGCUUUUGAAAGGUUUUCUGCUCUCCAGAGUUUUUCUAACAUGAACAAAUAAUGUGCAGGGCCUGUCCAUGGUAUGUGAAACAGUUUAAGGGUGAUACCUCUCUAUGCCCCUGCCACUGGCCUUGUUAGGAUGCAACACUAAGCUCUUGUUCAUCCUAGCCUUCCCCAGCCUGGUGCUCUCCAGAUAGUAGAACUACCAACUCCCAUCAGCCAACACAGCCAUGCUGGCAGUAGCCUGUUGGGAGUCAUAGUAAAAAAUGUCAGGGGGGCAUCAGGCUGGAGAAGGUGCCACCAAGAGGAGCAGGAGGAGGCGAUCAGAAGCUUUCACUGAAACAAGCCAGAUUCAUAAACCACGGUUUGAAGUUGCCCUCUUUUAAUAAACCAUUACUAAGACUGGCCACUGUUUGUCCAGGUUUGAACAUAAUGCUGUACUGUGCCUAGUUAAAAACAGAAGCAUAAGCUUUGAAUCUCCUUGUGACUGAGAUGGAAGAAGAGAAGGGAGAGGGAAGGGAAGGGAAGUUAAAUGAGCGAAUUCAUCAAUGCAGCAUUUAAGUCAUAGAUGUAGCACUGCAUCUGAAUAAGGUCUCUGUGUGAAUUGUAGCUCUGUGAGGGCUGUCUAGCAAAUACUUCAAACAGGUGCACCUCUCUUGUAACUCCCAGGUUUCCUCAGGGUGAGUCAUUUUGACUGAAGUGUUUUUUGUUUUUGUUUUAGUUCGUAGUGUAGCUGACCCUCUGCUUGUCAUUAUGCAUUGCUGAUAUAUUUUUCCAUUGCUUUUACUCCAGUGGACUUGGAGGCUGGUUGGUUCCUCCUGAGAACCAUUAAUUCUUUACUUUUUUUCUUGCUUCCUAGUGAUUACUGUGAAGACUGGUCAGAAGCCCAGAGGAUCUCUGCCUCACUUCUGGACAGCCGGUCCUAUGAAACACUAGUAGAUUUUGAUAAUCAUUUGGAUGACAUCCGGAAUGAUUGGACAAAUCCAGAGAUUAAUAAAGCUGUCCUGCACCUCUGCUAGGGAGUCUCCCAUUGACUUGAUUUGUUGGCAUUUCCACUGUGCUGAUGAAGAAGAAACAAAAGGGGGAGAUGAAUACUUUUUGAAUGUAAAUAAAGUACUAAAACGGUUCCUUCAAGUGAUGUGGAAAGCCAAUGAGUGAGACACAUCACUUGGGAGAGAGAGAGAGAGAAAAAAAAAGGAUGUGUCACUAUGCAGUCAAAUCUUUUUAAUGAGAAUCCUUGAGGUUCCAACCGUAGUUUGCAGAUUCCUCUGUGGACUCUUCUCCUCCUCGGCAUAAUACGUUGCUGUAAUUCUCCAGCCGGGAACUAGAUCCACUUAUCCAAGCUAUUCAUAUUAAAAAGUUUUGACUAACCUUUUAUAACCUUUAGAGAGUAAUUUUUAAAAGAUUUAAGAUUUAUGAAAUAUCUUCCAGAGAGUUAAUUGCUAGUUUUAUUUUUUAAAGAAUCAAAUCUAUAACUAUAAGUGAAAAUACGUGGCCAGUUUGAGAGCUGUUGUUCUAAGUGCUAACUGCUGGGUGUUGUGUGCCACCGUACUUGUUGCUAUGACAUGCUGCACAGGAAGAAAACAAUAGCUUGACAAGCAAUAUACCCACCAGAUGCUGCCAAGUUUCUCUGUCGUUCUGAGAAUGCUGCAAUUUUUCUGCCUAUCAGACUCAAAUGUAAUGAGCCUGGUCGUUUUUCACCAUGAGUGGUUUGCCCAUACCAAGGGCUCGUUGUGUCUUGAAGUGUUUAAAAAAAAAAAGUGAGUUGCAGGAUUGUUCUUUGUUCUUGUUGUUUGUUUCAGGAGUGCUUCUCUUAACCUUGUGGUUAGAAGAACCUUGUAACUUCUGUACAAAUGCACACCCAUGUGGUAUAAACAAGAUUACAACUAUGAAUUUCAGUUCCUCUCAUUUUACUGACUACAUUCAGACAUAGUUAUGAGCGCAACAGCUUUUGGCCUCAGGCUCAUGAACUCCCUCUUCACCUUCUCCCUUCCUCCUACAUGUUUUGCAGAAAACCAUAGUUUCUAUUUUGUCUGGACCUGUCUGGGGAUUCUGGUUUGCAGAAAUCAUAGUUUGCCAGGGAUCAGACGAAACGGUGAACUGUGGUUUAGUGUAAGCUUGCAAGAGAAGUUUUAAUCUCCCGUCCCAUGGAGGAAGGGAAUGUGCGAGUCUGAAAUUUGUCAUUGCAUCUGACUGCAGCCAUUUUGUGAUGGUAUAGUUGUAUUUAAGCACUGCAGAAGUUAAAAAUAAUAAUAAACACACAAAUAUGAUGGGACGCAGCUCAAAUCAAAGCUGCGUUGAAAUGAUUAGGAAUUGCUCAUGAACAUGCCUGAAAGUCUUUUAUGGGAGGCACUCCUGUUUGUUAACGUCCUUUAUGUCAUGCAAACAAUCUUUAUAAAGUGAGUUUCAAACAGUUACACUUAGUACUGAGCCACUUUUGCCCAUUUGGAAAAGGCUUGUAAUAUAAUACUGUAGCAUAAAAGAGUCUUAAAAUGCUUACAUGUGUCAGUUUAGGGUUUUUUCUUUUCUUUUUCUCUCUACAUUUACCUCUUGAUGGAGAAGGGGUGUGGCAUCUUCCUUGUCAUUAUUUUACAUGUAUUUUGUUUGUCUUUUCUAUUCCUACGGACCCUGUAUUAGCUUAACCUUUAUUUAUAACACAUUCUACAUUUUAAGCAGAAAUGGUUUGAGGUUUUAUGUUGGGAGAAAAAAAUGUUUAGCUGACCACCUGCAUUUCCUUGCUCCUCCCCCCCCCCCCAUCACCUUGAAAAUAAAACCAAUGAAAUAAG